AUGACAACAGCAACCACAAACACGCCGGCACUUCCACCAAACGCGGGAUUAGAAAGAAGGCCUAGCGAAUCACCUACGGUGGGCUCAUCGACAUUUUCUACUUUUAAAGAAAAGAUGAGUAGGGCGUUAAGUCCAAAUAGGGAUGCACAUGCUGGUUUGGCAGGAGGCGGAGUAGGGAGGAGACAAAGUUUUGGUACAGCCAUACCAUGUGGCAAAGGAUUUGGAUGA